ACUGAGGUUGUUUCUCUCUCUAGAAAAACAGUGAAAAGGGGAAAUUUGCAGCUCGUUGAUCCAAUCCAACAGGCAUAAAAGGCCACUUGGUUUAAAUUUAUACCUGCCUAGUGGAUGUUCGAUUCACAACUAUCCCAAGUGAAGCAUGAAAACUGUGUAUUUGAUCCUGGUGAACGAAACAUGACUAUGAAGGAAAAUCAGAAUGCAACGUUUUAUGAUUCUAACGGGUUUGUGAAAGAGAUUGAUCCUCCGACCUUCGGAAGUAAAGAAAUAUACGAGUUAAAUGAUUCGAAAAUGGAUGCCAAUCUUCUAGAGACAAAAGAUAGAGAUGAGUGUUGGCACCAUAAAGUUAUGGACGACAUCUCCGAGGAUAGUGAAAGUGGAACCGUAGAUUCUCCAAAAAAGGAAGUUGAAGAUGUACUCUUGAUCGAUCAUCUAAGCGGCUCUGAUAAGGAUUUGGAUUCAUUAUCUUCCAACACGUGUGAUAAAGACAAAGAGAGACAAAAUCUGGGGCAUGAAAAUAUGCCUUGUAAUGGAAAUGAAUCACAAGAUUCUAGUCCUCCAUGUAAUAGUGCUUCGGGUUUGUCUCAAACAACGGAUGCAAAUUUGUUUACCGAUAAAAAUGUGUUGGAAUGUGGAAUGCCAGAGUUCGAGGUUUUCUGCAAGGAGAUUGAUUAUCAAAUUGUGAAGGAUAUAUGUGUUGAUGAAGGGAGGCCUGAUAAUAAGGACAAAAUUACCGAAAGUUGUAAGGAUGAUAAAUCCGACGGGUUAUUUCACCAGCCUACUAACAGCAAUCACUCCGAGAUUACUAUUACUGAAGCUAAUCAAUGUGGGACCAAAGAAGAAAACGAUGGCAAAUCUCCCUCAGACACCUCAUUUGAUGAGGAUACUGCUAAGAAGGAUUGCGAUCCAGCAAAAUCGGUGCAGACAAGUGAAAUUACGGAUAAUCAAGAAGAGGACUCUCUUGUGGGUAUAAAACCUCCGGUUCAAGAACUUGUGACUCGAAAUUCUCUCAGAUCGUUUCUCUACCCUUUAGGUGACGAAGGGGGAGUAGUUACACAACCGCCCGAUCAGAUUCUUAACGAAAAACCAGCUUCUCGUAGUUCUGCUGCCACGUCAUCAUCAGCAGAAGCGGAAGGGGUGGAGGAAGAUGUUGAAGCUAGUAGCAGCGUGUUGUACAACAGUGAAGUAGAAAGUGGAACCAUUACUUUCAAUUUCGACUCCACCGUAACUGAAAAUAUGAAGCCACAAGAUUCUGUCGACAGUUCUUCUGUAACCAGCAAUAAUAUCGACUGUGUUGGCAGCAGCAAAGAUCGGGAAGAUGAAAACGAAAAAAAUUCCGAACAAAACGAAGGCAGUUCUGCUAUUAUUUCAAGACAAAUGAAAUAUGAAGAGGGAGAGACGAGUUUCGCUGCAGCAAGCCUUGUUACGUAUUCUGGGCCAAUAGCGUAUUCCGGGAGUUUGUCGCUAAGAUCCGAUGGCAGUGCAGCAAGUGGAAGAUCUUUUGCUUUCCCUAUAUUACAAUCGGAAUGGAAUAGCAGCCCGGUGAGAAUGGCGAAAGCGGACAGGAGACAUUUUCGAAAGCACAAGGGGUGGAGAUCAGGGCUUCUUUGCUGUAGAUUCUGAUGAAUGCUUUAUUGUUAUGGAGUAGGUUAUAUUUUAUUAUUAUAGUGAAAGUAUUUUGUAAGUAUACGUGUCUAUAUUCUUACAACCUGCUUCAGAUGCAAUAUGGAACAAGUGCAGUGUGUCUGAACUUUCGAUUUAUUCCUUAAUUCAUUGAUUGAUGAUAAAUCUAUUGGUUUUUGUUUUUACCCAA